AUGGCUUUACUGCCAUUGCUCGUUGUGCUUGUGCAAAGCCUGAUCCAGUACCCCCAGCCGGCUGGGGAUGGGCUGGAUGAGGCCACGCACCAGCGAAUCAAGGAGCGUCAGGAGCUGCUGGACCACGAGAUGGCUCGGCUGCUGCAGGAGCUGGAGGAGCAGGACAAGGGCUGGGGCGCCGUGCUCUUUGGUGCCCUGCAGCAGCAGUGGCCAUUUUGGGUCCUUGCUGGAGUCCUGCUCCUCUUGGGCCUGUGGUUUAGCUGCAGGAGAAGGAGCGGUGAGGCCAGCAACAAUGAUGUACGUGAAGGUGAAGACAGCGUAGAUGGACAGGAAGAAUUGGUGGAAUGGAAGACCGAGAAAAGAACCGGAUAUGCGGGGAAUGAGCAAGGCAUCCGUUUAGUGGACCGCAUAGAGUGGCCUGUGGAGGACCUGGAGAGAGGCUGCUCAGUGACAGCAGAGCUGAUGGAGAGCUUGACGCGUGUCUUUGUGGACAGCGUGAGCAAUAGCUCCUACCCAGUGCCUCAAGAAGCCAUCGGGGUGGGCAGUGCCUUUGAGGGUUGGAGUCCCCGUGACUGGGAUGGGGUGUACCGUGUGCUGGUCCCACUGAAUCCCCCACCCGGGCACGCCUUCCACCUGGAGCUGAACAGCGCAGGGCAGGUGGCAGCAAGGACCUUCAACGUCUGUGUGGAGCUGGUGUGCACGUGCGAGAAGGAGCAGCUGGCAGAGAAGCCGUUGUGCUUCCUGCACCACUCGCGGAAGGAGCUGCGGCGGAAGCAGAAGCGCAGCCUCCUAGGGACACUCUGCACCGGCUCCUACCUGGACGUGGCAAAAACCUCCCACUGGUUCUGCCAGUUGGUGAGAAGCUCGUGGCUGCAAGUGCCUCAGUGGCACUCAUGGCACUUGGUGUUUCAGCCCUGCAGCCGGUCUUGCCAGUUGCAGCUGAGCAAAGGCAGGGAGAGCCUGACGGUGGAGAUGCUCUUUGGGGUGCGCCGAGGGGACUCUGACAUCUUUGUGGUCAGCCAGCCCACCAAGGCCACCAUGAUGGCAAGCACAGCGUGGGCCGAGAUGUACGCUGUGGCAGAGGCAAAAUUCUUCCAGCACAUCGCCAGGCAGCUGCCGUGUGAGAGCUUGCACCUGAAAUGCCUGCAGCUCUUCACCUGCAUCCUGAGGGACACAGGUUUUUCCAGCUCUACCUGGAAGACUGUGGUCAUGCACGUGCUGACCACAGUACCACUGUCCCGGUGGCACAGGAGAGCAUUUGCACGGCGGCUGUGGGACAUCAUGGCGUACCUGGACCGGUGCCUGCAGCUGACACACCUGAGGCACUUUGUGCUGGGCAAUGAGAGGCUUCCUGCAGAGAUCAGCUUGCCACCAGCCAUGCGAGGGGCUGUGCCACCCAACCUCUUUGAGCACCUGGCCCGAGAUCCGGCCGCCCACAGAGAGGCAAAGCAAGCUUAUGGUCGGCUGCGAUUUCGCCUCGGGGUGCUGCUCUCCAGCCACUGA